AUGUUUUACGAGAGUAGGGACGAUGAAUUCUUCGAGACUGAUAUAAGUAGAGCUGAAAGACAAUAUGGACAUAGCCUUCAAACCAAUACCCAAUCCAUACACUUUGUUCUUUAUCCUGCCAACGAUAACAAUAUCACAUCGCCCAACAUGCAAGUCAACCUCUUCAAAACCUUCGCCAUCAUUGCCGCGCUUUCCACCGUGCAGUCCGCCCCAGUAGAAAGUACUGAGGGCUCAGUCACCCGCGAACAGAUUGACGACACUCAUAUCAACAAGGCUCCUGUCGAUGAUGCGGUACGUAGUGUCUUGACGUUCCCAACACCCCCAUACAACACUUUCUAUCGCUUGUCUGAAGAUUAG